CCUUGAUUCUCAUUUUGAAGUGUGCACUUUUUCAGUCACUGACGGCCCUGUAUUCAUUAUUUCAUAGCAUUGUAACGAGUUAGCGCGUUUGCUACUGCUGCUGAAUGGUUACGUGUGCGGCUAGUUAGCUGUCUGACAAACCUAAAAGGUUGCAUACAUGGUUAGACAACUGGUUGAAUGGUACGCAGUGUGCGAAGUGAACCUUUUAGCAGGUGCGUUUCACAUGUUUUAAUCCGUGAUUGUAGUGGCAGCAAUGUCAUGUUCGCUGAAGGUAGCCGGUGUCUCUCUGUGACUAGACACAUACGAUAGGGUUACGCACGGGUAUAAAACCACGAUAAACAUGAAAUCGCAACUAGCCGUGUAGGUAUUCAGUGCUUUUGUGACUGAAUUUAAUUAAUAUUGUACAAAAACCCGGAGGUUUCGCUGGUUUUCGUUAGCCUGGUCAGUGGGUUCUUCGCAGUCGGUGCGUUUUACUGUAGGUCACUGAUGGUGUGAUUUCAUCUGAUGCACUUUUAUUAUGGACAUUAUUGGCAUUAAUAUCAAAGUGCAGUUAUUGAAUUGUGCAGCCAGGACACCAUUCAGAGGGGUCACAUUGGGCAGGAAACCGACAGUGUGUGCUUUAUGGCAAUGGGGAAGCCGCUCAUGAAAAUCCGUGCCCUUGAACGUCUACAGCCUGACAUCCAAGUUAAUUUUAGUGCUUUUUAAGUUUCAGACAAUCACCGGUUACGUUUUCUAAGCACUCCAGAUCUGUUAUGCGGCAGCCAGCAAUGAAUUUAUCCUCUUUUUUUUUGUGGGGUUAAUGAAGAGGAUAAGGAAUGAAUUACUGUUGGCCAUUAUAAUCGGUAGAACUGAAAAUUGACUGUGUUCAUAUGAAAUGAUUGAUUGCUAUGGACUCAUUUUCAAUUGUGAUUCUUGGAAAGAACUACCUUUCCCUGAAAAAACUUAUGAGAACUUCUCUAGUUAAAACUUGAUCGUAUAUAAGUGAUGCCGUUUUUUUAUAGUGAGGAAUUGAAGUGGCUUAAAUGGAUGAGCGAGCUGAAUGGAGUGAACGUGAUAACAGUUAAUGCCAUGUAUGCAGAAAAGAUGUAAAGCAUAAGCCAAUAGCGCUCUCUGCAAUCCAGAUGCAAAUGAAACCCUUAAACUGAAAAAGCCAGAAAUGCAACCCCAGUGUAGCUGCAUGUUUUAUCAAAAUCCAGUCUUUUGGUAACAUUUUUCCACUAUUUUCUGUCACUCUUGCUUGUUAUAUGAUUAAUCAAGCUUAAAUUGAAUUCCCCAUCUUCUGAUAAAGUAAUUUAAAAACCCCAAAUGAAGGUUUUUUUUUGUGGGUGGAGUGGCUGCCAUUGGCAUUUUUGACACCCAUGCAGUACUUUCUGGCUUUCCAGGACAGCUGUUUCAGAGUCAUGAAUCCGCAAAGGAAAUCACCAGACUUGCUUUAGAGUCACCUCUCAAGCAAGGCCUGUGUCACUGUGUGUGAACAGAUGGUCUGUGUUGUGAUUGUGCUUAACAGUCAUGCUGUUAGAACUGCUCACUUAUGGACAUUGUGCCUUGCACUGUAAAGGCUCAUUCUCCUGACGGGGGUCCCCUCUUCUUUCUAAAGGCAUGCAUAGACGAUUUGUGUGUACCCAAAUAAUCGAUUUGCGUAUCUUUUUCGGGACAUUUUAUGUUGCAUGUGGUUCCUGUCAGUUUAUAACAGAGGGUAUCAUGAAUCAUUAUAUCGACUUAUUGAGAGGGAGAAAUAGCGUCAAAGGUCCUUCUUCGAUUGCCUUCAAUGGCGUUUAUGCAAACAUGAGGAUGGUUCAUGUUCUGACCUCAGUUGUCGGAACCAAAUGUGAACUGAAGGUCAAAAAUGGAGUGGUGUAUGAAGGAGUUUUUAAAACGUAUGGCCCAGAGUGUGACUUGGUGCUGGAUGCAGCUCACCGGAGAUGUCUGGAGCAGGGCAUGGGCCCACGGCGUGAGGACAUUGUGGAGAGCAUUAUUUUCAAGGCCUCAGAUGUGGUGGUGGUGCAGUUUCGAGACGUGGACCUCAAUUACGCCCGGAAAGUUUCUUCAGAUGCAGAUAACUUCACAGAUGCGGCCGUCAGCGCCCGCUUAAACGGGGAGCACAAGGAGAAGGACCUGGAGCCGUGGGAUGGUGGUGAUCAGCACGGCUCCGACAGCCUGGAGUCUCUCGACACUGAUGUGUCUAAUGGCUGGGACCCCAACGAAAUGUUCAAGUUCAACGAAGAGACCUACGGUGUCAAGUCUACCUAUGACAGCAGCAUGUCGUCUUACACUGUUCCCCUUGAGCGAGACAACUCUGAGGAGUUCCUGAAGAGGGAGGCUCGUGCCACACAGCUGGCCGAGGAGAUAGAGUCCAGCGCCUCCUACCGGGCACGCGUGGCGCUGGAAAAUGAUGCUCGCACCGAGGAGGAGAAGUACACAGCAGUGGUGCGCAGUGAACGGGACACUCACAGCCUGGGCAGCAGAGAGAACAAGUACAUUCCCCCAGGGCAGAGGAACAAAGAGGGAAUGUCUUGGGGCACCGGACGCCAGAACUCCCCCCGACUGGUGCAGAGUAGCCCCAGUGUGCCCUCCUCACGCCCCGGCCCACACGACUACAGUCCCAGCUCUGGAACAGACCAACGUGUUGUCAACGGAGGUGCCCCCUGGCCAUCGCCCUGUCCAUCUCCUUCCUUCCGCCCACCUUCCCGUUACCCAUCAGGCCCUACCUCUCUCCCGCCCCGGGCCGCCACACCCACCCGGCCGCCCUCCAGGGCCCCCUCCAGGCCCUCGCGGCCCCCGUCUCACCCCUCUGCUCAUGGCUCUCCAGCUCCCGUCUCUACUGCGCCUAAACGCAUGUCUACGGAAGGACCCCCCCGGAUGUCCCCGAAGACCCAGCGCACGCCGCGGACACACAGGAUGCCCAGUGCCCGUGGUGGCAUGCCACCUGGGCCAGAGUUCAUGGCCCACAGUGGAGACGUCUCCACGACCCCCCCUCCUCGUAGCAGCCCCUCUGGAGGCACCUGGUCGUCUGUGGUCAGUGGAGCACACAGACCCCGGUCUCCCCGGCAAAACGGGCUGGGGGGCGCCCCCGGAGGCUCCUCCCCCCAGACUGCAACUGCGCCGGUGGACCCCGUGGCCACGCCAGUAUCUGCUAUGUCGCCCACCGCUGCCAGCCCCGCCUCAAACAGAGCUGCCACGCCCCUGACAGAGGCCAAAGAGUCGCGGGUACAGGAGCCGCGAACAGCAUCCCCAGUGGCCAACAAAGAGAACGUGAAGCCGGCGGAGGUGUCGCCCGGCCCGGCCCGGGCCCUCAGCAAAGGCCCCCCAGCCAUGGCGUCUGAGCAUAGAAAACAGAUAGACAAUUUAAAAGAAUUUAGUCAAGUUUUUAGAUUACAGCCAAGCUCGAGCCCUGACUCCUCCGUCUUCGACCAGAUGAGCAAGCCGCGAGAUCAGGGGGAAAAGCCCAAAGAGCUGCCUCCAGACAGGGGGGCGGAGUCCUGUGGCACGACGGCCCCGGAGGCCCCAGCCAAUGAGGAGAAGGCCUCGGGCCCCACCCCCACAGCCGGCGGCACCACUGGCAGCAAGCCCAGCAGCCCUGGUGCGUCCGGACCCUGCAUCACGGCCGAGCAGAAGCGGGGCCCCGACGUCACCUCGCAGGCCGUGCAGACCUCAGGCCCCAGCGGCAAGCUGGACGGCAAAGAGGUCAAGGAUGACAAGAAGGACCCUGUGCCAGAACAAGUGAGGAAGUCGACACUGAACCCCAACGCCAAGGAGUUCAACCCCAGGGUGUUCUGCCCCCAGCCUAAGCCAGCCACCACGCCGACCCCACCCCGCCCCCAGGGCCAGCCGAGCCCCUCCAUCGUGGUGCCGCAGCCCCCGACCGUGUAUAGCCAGACCGUGUGCUUCCCCCAGAUGUACCCGCUGACCCCGGUCAGCCCGGGAGUUCAGAAAAGCAUUAUCUGGAAGCCCCCGGCCAUGUACCACGUGCCGAUGCCACACAUGACCGUGAGCCAAACUAAGCCCUAUAGAGCAGGUAAAGUUCCCAGCAUGCCCCAGCAGCGGCCGGACCAGCACCACCCCCAGGGCACGCCCACCAUGAUGCACCCGGCCACAGCCGCGGGGCCGCCCAUCGUGGCCCCCAGCCCCGCCUACUCCGCGCAGUACUUCACCUGCAGCCCGCAGCAGUUCACCAGCCAGCCGCUGGUUCAGCAGAUGCCACAUUACCAGUCACAGGCCCAGCAUGUGUUCAGCCCAGUGAUGCAGGGCAGUGCAAGAAUGAUGGCACCCCCUGCUCACGGUCAGCCCAGCUUGGUCUCCUCCUCUACUACCCAGUAUGGAGAGCAGACACACACCAUGUAUGUGUCUCCAGGCCCCAUGCCGCAGCCGUACAGCCACCCCGGGGCAGCGCUGCACCCGCAGCCCUCAGCCACGCCCACUGGGCAGCAGCAGCAGCAGGGGCAGCACGCAGGCAGUCACCCAGCCCCCAGCCCCGUCCAGCACGCCCAGCACCAGGCGGCGCAGGCUCUGCACAUGGGUAACCCCUCCCAGCAGCAGAUGUACUCGGCCCUGGCGCCCACCCCUCCCUCUAUAAACCCCGGGCCAAACCCCCAGUCCCCACAGGCCAGCUUCCCGUCGGCCCAGCAGGCCGUCUACAUCCACGCGCAGCAGGUGCAGCACGGAUACACGCCCUCGCACAUGGCCCACGUGCCACAGGCUCACAUGCAGUCUGGGAUGGUCCCCUCUCACCACACCACCCCGUCCCACCCACCCAUGAUGCUGAUGGCCACUCAGCCGCCCGGCGGGCCCCAGCCCCCACUGCCGCAGAGCGCUCUGCCCCCCAUCCCUGUGUCUUCCACCGCGCACUUCUCCUACAUGGCACAUCCCCCAGUGCAACCCCACCAUCAACAGCAGUUGUAGGGACCACUGAAGACCAGAUGCUCCUCUUCCUCCUCUUCCAGCCUGCUUUGCAGAUCCCUGCAAUGAGAUGGCUAUGUUCUCUCAUAAUGCUACACGUUUGCUUUCAUGUACAAGUAAUUAGGAAUGCUAACAGGCCGACUUGCAGUGGACGGAUAUUUGACUUAGAGAUGUAACACCACAAGGACGCCCUCUAAGCGGAAUGGUAUCACGCCUGCUGAAGACCCCCAGCCCAACUCAGUUCAGCUGGCUGAUAACUGGAACUUCUCCUCUGCACUUUGUAAGCUAAUAAAAAUCUUCCAACCUAAAGAAAGUAUUAACAUUAAUGUUAAUCGCUGCUGCUACUGCUGCAUUCAACAUGGAUAAAAACUCGUCACCAGACUUGAAACUAAACAAAAUGUCUGUAAAAUUAACCCGUUUGGCGAAAAGUGGAUUAUUUAUGACUCGUGAUUGCUGAGGUGACCCUCUGACCAGACAGUUAUGUAACUUUAAGUUAAAUAACUUUUACUUUGUAGAUAAUAUAAAUAAUUUAAAAAAUAAGAAAAAAAAUUAAAAACAUUAAAAAAAGUUUUAAAAACUGUA